GAGUGAUCCAUCAAUAAGCAACUCUUCCGACAUUCCAUUUGGCCGUGAUAUUCGCAGCGGAUCAGUUGCUGGAAUGACUGGACAGGUCAUUGAUGAGAAAAACACAAAGCAGUUUUUUCCCGAGGCUUUAGGCAGUUCGAAUUUCAUUGAGAAGAAUGGCCAUAUAAGUUUCAUUGUCGUACUAAAAGCAGUAAAUCUCUUGAUUAAAAGAUGUUCUUCGAUUCGUAUUUGUGAAUUAAUUUUAAAUAUAUGUGAAUGUCUACUUGGUAUGCCGAAUAUUGAUCACUCACUAUUCUUCGAUGAAAUUAUACAAAUCAUUCUAAGAAGUUUUAUAUGGUUGGGUUGUCCACAUGGAUGUAAUGACGGCGUUCAAACUCCACAAGCAGAUUUCUUAAGAAUUAAAGCCAGAACUUUAUUAUCGAUAAUACAUCGAUUAAACGCAGAAAGUUUCUCCAGAAUGCUCGUCGAUAAUGUAGAAUCUCUUAAUAUUCAAUUGCUCGUUGAUAUAAUGCAUUCCAUCACGGGUUUCUGCCGUGCUGAUAUUACUGUUAAUGCAGCUCGAAGAAGAAGCUCUUCGCCUCGCGGGGCAUCAGAUAAGAAUUUGCCAUCAUAUCGCAAUCAUUUUAAUGAAAAGCUUAAAGGAAUUGAGGGCACCAUUAUUAAUGUGAUCCUCAAACCAGCUGUCUCUAAAUUAAUGCGAACAAUGCAAGAACUUUUACAACCAGAGAAUAUGAGCCUUUAUCAAGAUGUUCGGCUUUUCAUAUCGUUUAUUCAAGAGCAGCACGGUAAUCCGUUUCGUAGAGUUGGAUUAAGCGCUUUGAUUGAUGGUCGGUUUAUUGUACCAAAGCUUGAAGCUCACACAGCGAGUAUUGACAUACUAAAUCCAUGCAAAAUCACGCUUGUCCAUGUAUUAGAAACAAAUAAACCAAAAAAUAUAAAAUAA